UUCAAUCCUGUCUUCUAUAAUUCAAGAAACCAUUGGCGUUUAGAAAAGAAAACAAGAAAAAAAAAAAACUCUUUGGAGCAAUCUAAUCGCUUUGCUUCAUAGAUGACUUCCUCUUCUUCAUCCUCUACCUAUUUUGAUAUCUUCCUGAGCAGCGCAGAAGACACGGGGAAAGGCUUGGCCUCGCAUCUGUACCGUUCGUUGUAUCUAAGAGGCAUUCCGACUUAUUUAAGAGAUGCCAAGCUGGAAGAGAGACCCUCCUCGUCCCUUGUUUAUGACGCAAGGAAAUAUAUCCAAGGGUCGAAAUUUGCCGUUGUUGUGGUCUCACAGAGCUAUCCAACCUCGGUUUGGUGCCUGGAAGAGCUCCAAAUACUACUAAACUUUCACGACCAAGGCCGCCUCUACGUUCUGCCCAUCUUUUACGAGGUUAGUUUUUCAGAUAUAAGAAGUCAGACUGGAGCAGUCGCAGAACCCUUCAGAAAGCUUGGUGAAACAUAUCCUGACAAAGUUCAAGCAUGGAGAAUUGCUCUUAUCAAACUCACCGACAUACCCGGCCUGGAUUUACAUCAUCUGAGCGAAGUGGACGUGGUUCUAAACAGAGUCCUGCUAUACAAAAGCGAGGCGAUCUACCCGAGAGAAACAAAAGGCGUUGGACUGCUCGGGUUGGAUCGUCAUAUGAAAGCACUGUACCAGCUGUUGGACUUAAAAAACUCGACCGAGGAAGUUCGCUUGAUCGGCAUUUGGGGUCCAGGAGGCGUUGGGAAAACGACGCUUGCGAGAUUCGCCUAUGACGAUCUGUAUAACAAUUUCCAUACCCAUGUGUUUGUAGAUAAGGCCGAAAACAUUUAUUACCAAGACCUUGAAAAGCCACGUUCAGAAGAAACAUUAACUUCAGGAGGAGGAAUUCGAAGUGUAAGCACCGGUAUGAUCAAAUCAACGGUUGGACAUCGGAAAGGCCUGCUUGUGAUUGAUUGCGUGGACAACCUGGAACAGUUAAAGGCAGUAGCAGAGAUCCUUAGCUGGUGUGGUUCAGGAAGUAGAGUCAUCCUUAUCACGCAGGACAAGAAUUUGCUAACUCAAUUCGGUGUGCAGCAUGUCUACGAAGUCAAGUCUCUGAGAUACGAUGAUGCUCUUCAACUCUUUUCUCAAUCUGCAUUCGAAAGGCAAAACCCUCCUACUAGUUUUGAAUCACUUUCUCUUCGCGCUGUCCAGGUCGCAAGUUUCCUUCCCCUGACUCUUACAAUUCUCGGCUCCUCUUUACGAAACAAGAAUGAAGAGGAAUGGGAGAAGGAACUGCAAAAACUCGAAGGAGAUCGAGAGAAUACGAUUAUGGAAAUAAUGAAGAAAAGCUACACUAGAGAAGAUGAGAACGAUCAAAUCCCUUCAUUUAUCUUGCCUUAGUUAUUAGUGAUGAUUAUAUGACAAUUAGUUCUGAAUAAUAUGGGUGCUCGUUAUAUA